CCCCUGCUUGGUUGGAGAGAACGCAGAAAGCAGAAAGGUUUGAUAGAAAGAGAAAGCAGAAAGAGGAGAGAGAGCCUUCAGGGACCUGAAAUUCCCUUUUUGCUUCCUCUCCUUUAUAAAUAAUUAUCCAUAACCAAAUCACCAUCAGAAGACCUUCUCCUAUAAGAAUCCUUCAGUCUUCGUUUUGAGCUUCCUCUCCCUCUCUUUGUAAUCAGUAGCUAAUCAAUGGCAGCGUCUCAAGCCAGUCUUCUCCUCCAAAAACAGCUCAAAGAUCUUUGCAAGAAACCAGUUGAUGGAUUCUCUGCGGGUUUGGUGGAUGAGAACAAUAUAUUUGAAUGGAGUGUUUCAAUUAUGGGACCCCCUGAUACCUUAUAUGAAGGUGGGUUCUUUAGUGCCAUCAUGAGCUUUCCACAGAACUAUCCCAUCAGUCCUCCAACUGUCAGGUUCACUACAGAGGUGUGGCACCCAAAUGUUUACCCAGAUGGAAAGGUUUGCAUAUCAAUUCUUCAUCCACCUGGCGAUGACCCUAAUGGCUAUGAGCUUGCAAUUGAGAGAUGGAGUCCAGUCCACACAGUUGAAAGUAUUGUUUUGAGCAUAAUAUCAAUGCUUUCAAGUCCUAAUGAUGAGUCUCCUGCCAAUGUUGAUGCUGCAAAACAAUGGAGAGAUAGCAAGGAGGAGUUCAGGAAGAGAGUGAGCCGAUGCGUGAGAAAAUCGCAAGAAAUGUUGUGAUCCGAUGAAGUGCUGAACAGCUUCAAUGAAGAGAGGUGGCCAUCUGACCAUAUACUGAAUCUGUAACAUUCUAUUUAACUUUUUGUUAUUAAUCCCUUAUAACCUUAAUCCUUUUUGCUCAUCAUCUCAUCUCUGGGCAAUAAGUGUUCUUGUGAACUUGAAUCAACUUUCUUCAAUUCUUAAAGAGAUAAAUAAUAGGUGUUCUUCAAUUCUGCCCA